AUGGAUUGUCCUAAACGAGUGCCAAUUAAAAGAAAGUUGCAAGACACUGAAGUAGAUAAAGUUUUGAAAAGAACUAGAGUAAAAAAAACUGAGAAUAUUGAAAAGUCUUCAAAAAAUAAGAAAGACAGUGAGACAGUGAAAAUAAAGAGAGUGAGAAAAAAAAUAAAAACCGACGAUGAAGAGGAAUCCAUGAAAAAUACAGAUGUUGAAUCACAGCUGCAAAAUGAUGACAAUAAAUAUUGUAAUGAAGCGGAGAUUUUGUCAUUUGAAGAAAAAAUCCCUCAAGAUUUGGCGCAGAAAUUUAUUAAUUUGCUAAAUGAAGGCUGUACUCUACCAUUUAUAGCCAGAUAUCGUAAAAACGUAGUGGAUUACUUGAAACCUGAUCGACUUCAAGAAUUAUAUGAGAGUUAUCAAAAGGUGAUACAGUUUUCAAAGAAAGUAAAGUCUGUGAUAGAAACAUUGAAAAAAUCAAAGAAGUUGACUCCUGAAAUAGAGCAGAGUAUUUUGAACUCCCGUAACUUGUCUGAGCUUGAGUUUGUGUAUGCGCCACUUAAGUCCAAUUCAUUAUCAUUAGCUGAAAGAGCUCGCAAGCUGGGCAUUGAACCAUUUGCAGUCAGAUCUCUUAAUGGAGAGCAAAUUGACUUGAGUAGGCUUUGCAAUGAUAAUGAGGAAUUAUCUACUUUUGAGAAGGUGGAAUCUCAUGUUACUCAUAUAGUAGCUGAUAUUAUUUACAAGGAUACCAGAGUAUUGACUGAAAUGAGAAGUUUGAAAGAACAAACAAGAUUUACAAUACAAAGUAAUCAGACAAAGAGUUCAACAAAGGGAAAAAUGGAAGAAGAGAAUAAAAAAUAUGAUAGUAAAUCAGAUCCGGAAACAUAUAAAAUAUACUUUGACUGGAAAUGCCCGAUGCAUUUUGUUAAAUCAUAUCAAACUUUGGCAAUCAAUAGAGGGGAAGACGAAAAAGUACUGUCGGUUAAAGUAAUAAUUCCAGAUUGGUUUUACAACCGACUUGAGAGGUAUUGUUUAACACUGUGGAAAAGUUCGUAUUGGGUUAGGAAAGGGUUAAAUGAUGCAUAUAACAGACUCAUCAAACCGUGGUUGUCUAGACAAGUAAGGUCUGAACUCACUGCUGCUGCUCAGAAGGAGGCGGUUAAGACGUUUACAGCAAAUUUAGAAAAGUACUUGUUGACUGAGCCUGUCAAAAACAGAACGAUAGCAGGAUUGGAUCCAGGCUUCAAGGCCGGCUGUAAGGUGGGUAUUAUUAAUGCAAAUGGCGAGAAAUUAGAUGCCUGCACCAUUUAUCCAGACUUACGUCGACAUAAUGAAAAUGAUAAUGCGGCUAAACAGCUCAGAGCCAUUUUAUCAAAGUACAGAGUUGACCUAAUUGGCUUGGGAAAUGGCACAGCAUGCCGCGAAACAGAAUCAUGGCUAAAAAGUCACUAUAUAUCUGAGAACAUUCCAGUUAUUAUUGUACCAGAACAAGGUGCUUCCAUUUACUCCGUGAGCAAGGAAGCUCAAAAGGAACAUCCAGAUAUGGAUCCCAAUCUGAUUUCAGCCUUAUCUAUUGCAAGGAGAGUUUUGGAUCCUUUGGCAGAGUUGAUUAAAGUGGAACCUAAAAAUUUAGGAGUUGGUCUAUACCAACAUGAUAUCCCACCGAAAAUGUUGGAAACUGCAUUGGACGCAACCGUAGAGAAAGUAGUUAGUUUAGUAGGUGUGGAUAUUAAUACAGCAUCACAGGCUAUGUUGAGACGAAUUUCAGGUUUAAAUGAUGGACGGGCUAAAAAGAUUAUAGCUUAUCGGCAGGAUAACGGAGGAUUUACAACCAGAGCAGAAAUUCUCAAGGUGUCUGGAAUCGGGAAGAUUACGUAUCAGCAAUGCGCUGGGUUUCUCAAAGUUUUAACUGGGACUGAGCCUUUAGAUGCAACGAUUAUACAUCCGGAAAGUUACAGUAUCGCUAAAUUAUUUGCAAAGAAAAUCGGCGUCAAUAUUAAAGAACUUACCCAAUCACAUUUCCCGGAAGUAGUCGAAAGAAAGACAGCGGGCAUUGAUUUACUCAUAACGAGCAAGGAUCUUAACACAGAUGUAUCCACAUUAGAGCUAAUAUUAAGUGCCUUCAAACAAAAACCCUACGAAGAUAAUGUCAUUAGUUUCUGUCGACCCGUGUAUUCUGUCUCCGUUCAGACAUCCGAGCAGCUAACGGCAGGCACAACAUUAACAGGAGUAGUUCGGAACGUGGUUCCUUUUGGGUGUUUCGUUGAUUGUGGUGUCGGCGACAAUGGUUUGAUACACAAAAGCAAUUUAGGAGGGAACCAAACGCCCAAGCUUGGAGACAGAGUAUCUGUUACAGUUAUUAGCACGCCAAAGCCUAAAAGACUGCAACUUAAACUUGACAAGAUACUUAAUUGA